AUGAGUAGUAUUAAACAAUAUAUCGUCACCUUAAAGGAAACCUCAAGUGAUAAAGAAGUUAGUGAUAUCAAAAAGCAAAUCAGUAGUUUAGGUGGUGAAAUCACCAAUGAAUUCUCCUUAAUCAAAGGUUUCACUGCUAAAUUACCAGAAGUUCAUAGUGAAUCAAUUAAAGGUCAUGGUUCAGUCCAUAGUAUCGAAGAAGAUAAAGAAGUUCACAUUAGUUAG